AUGCAGAAUGACCAGCAAGCGGCGGUGCAUGCCAGUGAUUCUGCAUCGGCUGAACUUGCCCAGAGCCAUGUCCAGAACAUGACUAAUGAUAUUCUUCCUGGUGGGUCAUCAUUUUCCCCCGACGUUCAGACCCCAUAUGAAGUACCCAAUUUCACCAAGAAUCCCUUGAGGGAAGAGGCCCAGGGUUGCAAGAGCCCACUCACAGGUAACAUGGUCGCUGGUCACCUCAAGAACAAACACAAUCAUUCUAUCGCCACCCACGAACUGGACGAGCUCGUCAAAUAUUGUAUCGACAAGAAGAUCUAUGGUAGGCAAGAAGAAGUCAAGCUUCCUGCACCUGGAGGGCCUGUAAUCCAGAUGAUCGGCCCUCCCCGUCCCGGUAUUGCCUGUACCAUGUCAACGGACUGUCCCUAUGCCGUCCGCAAUCUGGACACCAUGAAAAGACAUGCCAGACAGAUACAUGGACGUACCCCAGCGGAAGCAAGGUACACGCAAGUUUCUGUGCAAAACCUCUUCGAUUCAGUUGGGCGAUCGACUCUCCUCAUGCAAAAUUUUCAUCCAUCACUUGAUGUACCUGUGAUACCGGAAGCCUUGACACAUGAAGAGCGAAGGCCCUUGCUCAAAGUCAUGUCAUGGGAUACAUUUAUGGUUGAUGUACGUCGAUAUCCAAAGGAAGUCAAAGCAGUGGAAACGUUGAAGGGAAAGCACCACAACGAAGAACAUCACGGUCUUUUCAAGGCUGUAAGCGCCCUAGUAGCAAAUCACUUUCAUGUGGCUGGCACCAUCCUUGAUGGAAAUCCAAACAAGCUGACUAUAGCAAAAACACUGUUGGAUGGCAGCAAUGUCACUCGCCAGUCUAAAUACUGGCGUCCAAUUUCCAAGGACAACCGUGCCUAUCCUGACAUGAUUAUCCAGCUCAUCCGAGCCAUCAUCAGGCUUCAUUCUGGUCACGGCGUUCAGUCUGCAUUCUCUUUCGACCUUGAUGUCACCCAAACCAAGGCCUUGGACGCUUUCAUCAGUGGCAUGGUGCACUCCAACAUGAGCAUCAAUGACCAAAACAUCAAGGAGUUCCACGAGCUGUUAUGGUCCUUGAUCGACGGACCCAGUUUUCAUGGAGGUCGGCCAUGGGCUAAUGUCAUACAGCGUUUUAUCUGGUUACGUGCACUUCGACGCGAUGGGAACUUCUAUGAGGCAGGUGACCUGUCGCCAGAUCUUGCUAAACUGGAAUAUUUUGUCAAUGGAACCUCGCUUGUUCAUGCGUUAUGGUAUCAGAGGGACAGUGACAUGGGCGAAAUCGAGCGGGUUCUUGCAGUUCAUAAUGAGGUCCUAGCUGUGGGACGCUCCAACACGUUCAACAUGCUGUUUCAAUACCAGCAGUUUUCUUCAUCCUUGGCCUUGAACCAGCAAAGGGAGCCAAAAGUAUUUUUUGACCCUGGGUUCCAGUGGCUUGAAGGACAGGUAUCUCCUGCUUACAACGGACGCACUGCGUUCAACAGCAUGCCAAAUAAUCUGAAUGACGACAUGACAAACACCAUCCGGGGACAUUCCUUUGCGAAGGAUAAGCAGUUUGACUCCAUCAAACUGGAGUUUUUCUGCAGUUUGGUUCAGGACCACAGCCUGGCUAUGGUGGAUGGGGAUGGACGUCUUGGAUGGAACAUACCGGCAGUGAAAGACAUCCUGCGGAGGUGCGGGGAGGUAUGGAAACCAUUAUACCACUUGCUCUAUGUCACUGGUCAGAUCUCUACACGGUCGGUGCAGUUUCUGGAGCAUCAUACCUCCAACAGUGAUCGCCACCGCAAUAUUUUUGUUCAGGGACAGGAGUUGAUUCUUUUGUCUGGUUGGACUUUCUUGUUUGAAUUCCUCGCAGGCGGGUUAAGAGAUGCUGAAGCAAUUCUGGCGAAGCUUGGGUAUGGGGACACUGCACACCAUCAGUAUAAAACGUACUUGAUGGUGGACAACGGCAGUAGAAUCAAACCUGACCAAUGGUAUACGGAAUUUAAGCAAAGGAACCGCGAGGUUUUCAACUGCCCGUGGGGCGUGCGAGCCUUCCGGCAAGGUGCCAUCGCCAUGGCAAGAGAGUUUAUAUCUCCGAACGAUGCAUUUGCUAUGGCAGAAGAUCUCCUAGCUGAGGGGGCAGACCACUCCACAGACACUGACAAGGAACACUAUGGCAUUUUAUACGGCUCAAUGCCUGAACUCACCAACAAUACCAUGUCAAAGCAUCGUUGGUUGAAUGAAGAAUGGCACGCUUUCUGUGGUCUUGGACCUUUCCCGCCUCAGGAGCCAAUUCGACAGACAAGGACCAGGGGUGCACAUUCACAAGGUGCACAAGGUGGUAGACAAUCGUCUCCUGACCUUGCAGGGAUCUCUGAGACCGUGUCAACCAUUGCCAGCAGUAUGGUGACAAAGUUCCUCCAGGACAAUCUGCCUCGCCUCCUGAAGGAACUUGCCACUACUGCCAUCUUGCCACCCAUUUUGGAUGCUCUUCAGCAGGGCACUGCUGCACUCACAAUGCGUCAGGACCACCCCGUCGGUCCUCACAAAUUAUCAUCAGUGCAGACUCCUGCUAGACUAGGGGAGGUGGUCUUGUAUGGGGACUUGGCCCAAACUAGCCAAUCUGACAUGUUGCUUGCCUGUAAUGAUACUGAUGAAGGGUCAGAGUCUAUGGACAUGGGUAACCAGGGAGUGGAGUUCAAGGCUGGCGCUUGUGGUCCCAGUGCAUACACAUCACAGUCCUCUAUUUCCACUUUCACCCCUCCCGCAGCCCAUCGUAAAAGAAACCGUGUCGAAAAAUCUCCAAGCUUAUGGACACGCGUUCGCAGUGCAUCCUACCUGAGUCGAGACGAGCUAGACGACCUAAUGCUGCCCGAUGACGAUGAGGACGAUGUCUCCAUUCACCGUAAUAAUGAUCCUCAACAUUCCCUGGUCCCUUCAUCUUCCCUACAACGCAACGCGUCACAUUCGGAUCAGGACCAGAUUGGGCCUCCGCCUUACCCUUCCUCAGCCCAUGCGAAUCAGUGGAGGAUGAGGGUCCGUAGUGCCUUUAAGCUCCUGUUCAAGGACCCAGCGGCAAAAGAAAAGUCCAGGGAGCAGUUGAACGCCAUUGUCAGUGUGAUGACUGUCAAGAAGGACAUCCUGGUCACUCUCAAGACUGGUGGAGGGAAGAGUGCCCUCUGGAUGGUUGCUCCCCUCAUUGAUCCUGAUCAACGGUGCAUUGUCGUUUGCCCUUUUGUUGUUCUUCUAGAAGAACAGGUCAGCAAAUGCUGCGCUGCAGGGCUUAAGGCCCACAACUUUACCAAAAAUAAAGUUGUUCCUGAUGAUGUUCAAAUCCUCUUCCUUCAAGUUGAAACGUGUUCUGGAGUGGCUUUCCGAGAAUUCCUUGCAACGCCUGUUGGAAGUUUGUUCAACAAAAUGUUCCUUGAUGAAUGUCACGACAUGGUCAUGUGCCAUCCGGAGAGGAAAAGGCCCUGGGAGUUACUAGCACCCUAUCUUCGCCACUUUAACAUUGCAGUCUCGGAGUUACACGAAGUUCGUUCCUGCACAGACAGGCCAGAGAUUGGAUUUCACGUGCUGCAAGUCCUGCCGACCCAUGCCAAAGGAGCUUUGCAGAACUUAGUCGCCAAACUCCAAUCGCGUAUGGGAAAAUCUGAUCGGAUGCUGGUAUUCUUUGCAUCAAAUCGAGAGGCGGAUGCCUUUGGCACUGCCAUGAACUUUGCGGUUUUUCAUAGUGAACUUCCCACCAUGGGAGAAAACUCAAAGGCUGACAAUCUGGAGAAGUGGGACAGCGGGAAGACAAAGGUAAUGGCAUGCACCACUGCCUUCGCCCAGGGAGUAGAUCGAAGCUCAGUUCGAUUCGUUAUCAUCAAUGGAGUUGAAUAUGGACUUCCAGUGAUCAAUCAAAUGGCAGGACGAGCAGGACGUGACGGCAAGGAGGCCCAUACCUUUUAUCUCACUUCCAAAACGGAUUUCGGUGCAUUCGAAAGUGACUUUGAUUUUGACUCCCUCGGUGCGCUACAAAAUAUGGUCUUUGGCAACACCUGUCGCAGGCACACCUCCAUCUCCUGCAUGGAUGGAUCACACUUUGCGUAUCGUUGCAAGGACAAACCAGAUGUGAUACCUUGUGAUAUAUGUGACCCCACAACCCAAAUCCAUUGUUUCGCCUUGGAUGCCAUCAAGGAGCCUUGGUUACCACUUACCACUGGGCGCAUUCUAGUCCCUAGUUCGUCACCUUCUACAGAUGAUCAGGGCCAGGAACAUAUCACAUUCGCUCUCUCCCAAACAAGUCAGGCAUCUAAAUACAAGUUGUCUCAACCAAGGAUGUCCAGUGCAUCCAGGCCCAUGUGUACCCCCGCUCAGGUUUUGGUCCCUAGCUCCUCACCUACUGCAUCUGGUAUCUCCAACACCAGCAAGGGAUCAUUCUCGGUUCGUUCACUGAAUUGUCACCCAUUUGAGGAGAUGCCACGCACAAUCCAGCCAUCUAAAUAUACAUUGUCUCAACCAAUGACAUCAGAUGUGUCCAAACCAUCUGUCGCCCCCUCCUUCAUCAGCCCCGGUGCCUGCGCCCUCAUGGAUGGAUAG